AUGUCGUACCGUCGCGACACCCCCGACUCCGCCUCGCUCAACGAGAAGAAGGAUGACUCCCGCCUUGAGGAUGGUGUCUCCAUGGCACCCGUCCUCACCGCCGGCACCACCAACGCCGAUGCCAUCGCCACCACCGUCGAGGACCCCAAGAUGACUGCUCGCAUCAUCCGCAAGCUCGACUGGCACGUGCUUCCCAUCUGCUCCGUCCUCUACCUCUUCUCCUUCCUCGACCGAACUGCCAUCGGUAACGCUCGUAUCCUCGGAAUGGAGACGCAGCUCAAGCUCACCAGCGAGGAGUACGCCGCCGCUCUCUCGGUCUUCUUCGGUCUCUACUGUCUUUUGGAGGUCCCCUCGAACCUCAUCUUGAAGAAGAUGGGUGCCAAGAAGUGGAUCCCCAUCAUCGUUAUCGCCUGGGGUCUUGUCAUGCUGCUCACCGGUUUCUCUAAGAACUUCGAGGCUCUCCUUGCCUGGCGUAUCCUCCUCGGCGCCGCCGAGGCUGGUCUCUUCCCAGGCAUCACGUACUACCUCACCGUCCUCUACCCCCGUCGCUCCAUCCAGCUCCGUGUCGGUCUCUUCUUCUCCGCUGCCACCAUCGCCGGUGCCUUCGGUGGUCUGCUCGCUUUCGGUCUUGCCAAGGCCAAGGCUGGCGAGUACCAGGGCUGGUCGUUCAUCUUCUUCGUUGAGGGUGCUCUUACCAUCGUCGUCGGUAUCAUUGCCUACUUCCUGCUCUUCGACGGUCUCGAGAAGGCUCCCUUCCUCACUGAGGAGGAGAAGGUCUACAUGAGCGACCGUGUCCAGUUCGACGGCAACGACAUCCCCAUGAACGACGAGUUCGCCUGGAAGUUCGUCUGGGCCGGUCUCAAGGACUGGAAGACUCUCUUCACCCUCAUCUGCUACGUCACCACCAUCACUCCCCUCUACUCGACUGCUCUUACCCUCCCCACCAUCCUCAAGACCUCGCUCAAGUACGACGCUGUCAACGCCAACCUGUUCACCGUCCCCGUGUACACUGUUGCUGCCAUCACCGUGGUUAUCUUUGCCUACUUCGCCGACCGCACUGGUAUCCGAUUCCCCUUCAUCUGCCUGGGUACCCUCAUCUCGGGUAUCGGCUGGGGUCUCUCGCUUGCCUACGGUCGCACCAACCCUCGCGUUGCCUACGGUGCUCAGUUCAUCUCUGCUGCUGGUUCGUACGCCGCCUUCCCUGGUGUCGUGGCUUCGCUCACGCAGACCAUUGGUGGUAAGACCAAGCGCUCGGUGUGCAUUGCCAUCAUUGUCGGCUUUGGUGGUCUCGCCGGUACCAUCUCGAGCAACAUCUUCCCCAAGAAGCAGGCUCCUUACUUCCACCGCGCCCACUACAUCAACAUUGCCAUGAACGCCGUCGCCUUCCUCUCGGCGCUGUCGUUCGCCGGCCUGCUCCGCCUCGCCAACGCCCGCAAGCAGGCCAAGAUCGACUCCGGUGAGGCCGCCCGCCUCACCAAGGAGCAGAUCGCCGACAUGGGCGACGAGUCCCCCUACUUCAAGUACCGCUACUAA